AUGUGUCAAGAAGGAGACGAGAAGCUGGAGCUUUCGUCAACCCGGACGAAAUGUGCACACUCCCACUCCCCCAAGUUCCCAAUGGAAGUCGACAAGUACCUCCCGGUGCUUUCUCAGCGUGGCCUUCUACCUACUGCGAAAAGCGGGACUAGACGGCUUGUUCGACCAUCGACAGGGCUGCUUUGCUGCUUUGACUUGGCUGGUCAGUGGCCGCCCCUCCUGGACUCUCCUGGACUAACUCGAGAUGAUUGGCUUUUUCCUGUUGGCGGGACGAGCUUACUCAUGGACAAAGAGGUACAUGCGCAGAAUGUAGGUACCUUACUCUGCCUUGCGCUGCUUGUAUUUUCCAUGCUUUGGCAAUCCAAUCCCACUUUCACUUCCAGCACUUCCGUACGGAUUACGGAGACGUGGAGCUCCAUUGAGAGGACCAGACCCUCCUCCAGCCAGCUCCAAUUGGACGGCCUGUCAAGGAGGGGCACUUAUGACGAUGCUCUCUUCUGUCACCUCGCCUUUCCCGCGUUUCUCUGCCAUCCGCCAUUCUUGUUCAGAUUGACACCAAACACCACCUACGCCAACCAGGUAUACUUAGAACCGGCCCGCACGGCGGAGGGCGGCCCAGCAACGACCAUCAUGCCUGCUCCACGCCGGUGGUGUUUUAGUCAAGCAGCGCGCCAGCCUGACGAAGCCCGUCGUGCAAAAAGGCGCUUCUGGAUCCGUCCUGUUGUGGUCCGAUUCGGCGAUAGGCACCCGUUCCCAUUGGCCGCCGUGAGCAUGUCUCACACUCUGCGUGUUCCAGGGGAGGGAUUUGCGACUCCGGUAUUCAAACUCGAUGCGUCAGACCCUGACGUUUCGCAACCCACGGCCGCGGAGGAACACUCUGCGCUCGGUCUAACAGGCCGCGGGGGCUUUGCCUAA